AUGCGCACGUAUACUCUUACAGCGGUCGCUCUGGUCUCUGCGCUCAGUAGCGCACCGACAGCCUACGCUUGGGGCGCCGCAGGUCACGAAAUAGUCGCCACCAUCGCACAAAUCCACCUCCCCCGCCCCGUCCUCAACCUGGUAUGCGACAUCCUCCACCCCUCGCUCAACCUCUCCUCCCCCUCCGCUCGUGCCGCGCACUCCUAUCCACCCUGCUCGCUCGCACCUAUCGCCGCCUGGGCGGACCAAAUUCGGAGCAAGCCCCAGUACAGAUACACGGCCUCGAUGCACUACAUCAACGCCGUCGACGACGACCCGCCUGAGGAGUGCGUCUUCCCCGGGCCGCAAGGCUGGCAGGGCAAGUCUACCGCGAACGUCUUCGCUGCGCUGGGAACCCCUCAAGUUCUUCGUGCACUGGAUGGGGACAUGCACCAGCCGCUGCACAUGAGCGGGCGCGAGAAGGGCGGGAACGGGGCACGAGUCACCUGGAACGGGCGGGUCACCAACCUGCACAGCGUCUGGGACGGGUUGCUCAUCGCCCAGUCGCUGCGCUCCGUACCGCGCAACUACUCUCGCCCCCUCCCCGGCUCCGAGGGCGUAUUCGUCGAGCCCCACCUCCGCGGCGCGAUCUACGACGGAUACAUUCGCCGGAUCAUGCACGAGGGGCUCACCGUCGGCGGGCGGCUCGAUGAGGAGUCCCGCACCUGGCUCGAGUGUCCGCAGGCCCCCUCGACCUCUGAGCCCACCAAGUCCGGCUACACCCUGCCUCAGCGCGUGCAAGCGCUCCUCGGGCUCGACCUCGCGAGCGCGCUGGGGAUGACGACGCCCGCGGGCGCGGAGCGCGGGUGGGACGACGACGUGCUCUGCCCGUACGCGUGGGCGGCCCCGAUACAGAAGCUCAACUGCGAUCUCCCGGUAUGGCCCCACGAGCUCGACCUGCCCGGGACGCACCCGUCGGACGUUGCGCCAGAGAUCGACGAGGACGGGAAGGACAUGGCUGCCUCCGCAGAGGCGACCGCUCGACCUCCAAGGCACCCAGAUCUGGUGGAGUUGGACACGCCGGCAUACGCAGGGAAGAUUUAUCAGGAGUGGGUCGUGGAGAGGCUGCUUGCUAUGGCAGGGGUACGUCUUGCGGGAGUGCUCACGGACAUUUUCGCAGACGCGGCAGGAGAUCUCUACGCAUGA